AUCUGCACGGUGAAGGGCAUCCAGAUGACCACGCGCAAGGCGCUCUGCAACGUCAAGGGCCUGUCGGAGGCCAAGGUGGACAAGAUCAAGGAGGCUGCUGGGAAGAUGCUGGAGAAGGGUUUCGUGACGGCCUACCAGUACAGUGAGAAGAGGAAGCAGGUGUUCCACAUCAGCACCGGCAGCGCGGAGUUCGAGUUAAGAGCGGAGCGGGGUCACCCCUCGCGCCCCCACACUCUCACAGGCAUCCCCUUGCUCCCCGCUUUCCAGCCUCUGCGGUCGUUUCGGUUUUUCAUCAGCAGCAGGGAGUGAGAGGUCUUCCCAUUGUAGUUGUAUUUAAUUCAAGCACAGAACAGGGGAGAAGAGGUGUACAUGCUGUACAGAUCCUAUGCCAGAUCGCUUUUUCCAUUUUAAUGUGUAAUUAUUUCAAACUGCGCCCCCUACCCUGCACUUACCCUGCCU